AUAAAAGUAGUAUUCUGAAUAUAUACACAUGAAACACACUCACCCAGAUCAUGAAGAUAUUUAUGUAUACUUUUCAUCUGAUUGAUAAAAAUAAAAAUCAAAAAGUGCAAUUGAAAAAAGAAAAAGAGCACCAACUUUUCUUAAUUUCAAAAACUUACACUAUGUAUAUCACAGACACUAUAAAACACAUUAGAAUUUUAGCAGCUUUGUAUGAUUUAAGAAUUUGGAAAGGAUUUGAGGCUUUCUACUGAUUAGAUGAUGGAAAUUAAUUCAGGAAACAAGAGAUGUGCUAGAAAGGUUCAAUUGCUUGUAACUUCAGCUCUUCUUUUACUGCAAAGCUUUCUGAUCAUCCCUGAGAUAUUUGCAGAAGAAUCAAGCUCUGUGCAUAUUGUAUACAUGGGAGAUAAGAUAUAUCAUAAUCCAGAAACUGCUAAAAAGUAUCACCACAAAAUGUUAUCUUCACUCUUAGGAAGCAAAGAAGAUGCAAAGAAUUCACUUCUUUAUAGCUAUAAGCAUGGAUUUUCAGGGUUUGCUGCUAGAAUGACAAAGUCUCAAGCAGAAGAUAUAGCAAAGUUUCCUGAGGUAGUUUCUGUCAUUCCAAAUGGCAUUCACAAACUUCACACAACUAGAAGUUGGGACUUCAUUGGGGUCCAUCAUCCCUCCUCAAAAACUGUUUUCACUGAAAGCAACUUAGGUCAAGGAACCAUCAUAGGCGUCAUAGACACAGGCAUUUGGCCAGAGUCUGCAAGUUUCAAUGAUGAAGCAAUGGGGAAAAUUCCAUCAAAGUGGAAAGGAGUUUGUCAAGUUGGUGAAAAAUUUAACUCCACAAACUGCAACAAGAAGAUAAUUGGUGCUAGAUGGUUCCUAAAAGGAAUAACUGAUCACACUAAGAACCUCGUCCUUGGAAACAAUGACACUACAGAAUAUCUCUCAGCUAGAGAUGCUAUUGGCCAUGGAACUCACACAGCUUCAACAGCAGCUGGAUAUUUUGUAGAAAAUGCAAAUUAUAGAGGCCUUGCUUCUGGUUUAGCAAGAGGAGGAGCACCUUUAGCUCACUUGGCUAUCUACAAAGCUUGCUGGGACGUUCCUGUUGGACACUGUACUGAUGCUGAUAUCCUCAAAGCAUUUGACAUGGCUAUACACGAUGGUGUAGAUGUCUUAACUGUUUCUCUUGGCAUUGGCAUUCCUUUGUUUUCUUAUGCUGAUCAACGCGACACGAUAGCAAUUGGUUCUUUCCACGCAACUUCCAAAGGUAUCACAGUUGUUUCUUCAGCUGGAAAUUCUGGUCCUAUUUCUCAAACCGUUUCGAAUACAGCACCAUGGCUCAUUACAGUUGCGGCCACUACAAUCGAUAGGACUUUUCCAACAGCCAUUACACUUGGAAAUAACCUCACUUUGUGGGGACAGUCCAUUGACAAUGGAAAACAUGCUCUUGGAUUUGUAGGGCUCACAUACUCCGAGCGCAUUGCACGUGAUCCAUCGGAUGAUUUAGCUAAGGAUUGUCAGUCUGGAAGUCUGAAUGAAACAAUGGCAGCAGGAAAAAUUGUUCUAUGCUUUUCAGUAUCAGAUCAACAAGAUAUUGUUUCUGCAGCACUUUCAGUAAAGGAAGCUGGUGGAGUUGGACUAAUAUAUGCACAGCGUCAUGAAGAUGGACUCAAUGAAUGUGGUAUACUUCCAUGCAUUAAGGUAGAUUAUGAAGCAGGGACAGAACUGUUAACCUAUAUUAGAAGAGCAAGGUUUCCAACCGCAAGGCUGAGUUUUCCAAAGACUGUUAUAGGAAAAUGGAUAUCUCCAAGAGUUGCAUCUUUCUCAUCUAGAGGACCUAGUACCUUGUCUCCAACUGUGUUAAAGCCUGACAUAGCAGCACCUGGUGUGGACAUUUUGGCUGCAUUUCCACCCAAGGGAAGUAAAAAGAGCAGUGGAUUCAUAUUCUUAUCUGGAACUUCAAUGUCUUGUCCUCAUGUGGCAGGAAUAGCAGCACUCAUCAAAUCCAAACACCCAACUUGGUCACCUGCAGCCAUAAGAUCAGCUUUGGUAACAACAGCCUCGCAAAGCGGAACUGAUGGAGGCCUUAUAUCAGAAGGCUCUACAAAUAAGGCAGCAGACCCGUUUGAUAUGGGGGGUGGACACGUGGAUCCCAACAAAGCAAUUAAUGCAGGACUCAUAUACAACAUUACCACAGAGGAUUAUAUCCACUUCCUAUGUUCCAUGGGUCAUAAUACAGCUUCCAUUAGAAAAGUGACCAAAACCACUACAAGUUGCAACAAACAAAAAAGACAAGCACUGUUGAACCUUAACCUUCCUUCCAUAUCAAUUCCAAACCUGAAGAGGGAUACAACAGUAAUGAGAACAUUGACAAACGUUGGAAACAUAAAUGUAGUCUACAAAGCUAUAGUGAAGAGUCCUUAUGGUAUAAAAGUGAGAGUUGAACCUCAAAUUUUGAAGUUCAAUUCAGAAAAUAAAGUACUUACCUUCAAUGUUAGCUUCAUUUCAACUCAAAAGUUGCAUGGUGAUUACAGAUUUGGAAGCCUAACAUGGACAGAUGGCAAUCAUUUUGUGAGGAUACCAAUAGCUGUUAGGACCAUACAAUUUGAAUAUUAAACUGAUGUUUUGACAAUUAGUUUGUUCAACAGUUACUACAUAUGUUCUUGAUUGAUUUAAUCAAAUAAUUUCGGUAGUUAAGUUUUUUGUUUUUUAGGGAAUUUUCGGUAGUUAAGUAUUCUUUGAGGAAUAUACUAAGAUUGUGGAGAUUAAAAAAGUUUUUUGAUUUUGCAGCUAACGGUUUUUGUAGCUUUUAAAUGAAAUGGUUGCUUGAAAGUUGAAGCUUA